AAGAUUCUGUCAGGUUAUACACAUUACCUCUUCGAUUCAAUUAAUUCUUAAUUUGUAUAAUGUUAAAGACUGAAUAUAUUUUCAAUUAUAUAUUUAAUUAUAAUUGAAUUAGGUUUUAAGACUUGUAAUGAAUAAAGAAUCCAAGUAUUUAUUAUUUCUAAUAUGGAUAUCGUAUUUAUUGUUAGCCGCUGUGUUCACCUUUACCAGAGGUUUUCUUUUAAUGAAAAUCAGUCAAGACACUUUUUCGCAAUGUUCAAAUAUAGAACAACUCCCUUGUGAUUCAUACGAAACGUGCACGUUGAAUAAUAAAUUGCAAAGUCUUUUCAAAAAUGUGAAUACUUCUACAGAAACUUGCUUACCAAAGUCUUCAAAAGUGAUAUUAGUGAUAAUAGAUGCUUUAAAAUAUGAAUUUGUUCAAUAUACCCCAGGAUUACAGAACCCAUUAGCCUAUCAAAAUAAAUUACCGGUUAUUGAUGAGUUAUUAAGAAAGCAUCCUAAAAAUGCUCGACUCAUGGAAUUUAUAGCUGAUCCUCCAACUACUACCAUGCAAAGAUUAAAAGCUCUAACAACUGGUAGUUUACCCACUUUUGUCGAUGCAGGAUCCAAUUUUGCAGCAGCAAAGAUAUCGGAAGAUAAUUUAAUACAGCAGUUGGUCAAAAAGCAACGCAAAACAAUAUUUAUGGGUGACGAUACAUGGUCCAGUUUAUAUCCAAAUAGAUUUUCUAAAUCAUACCCAUACCCAUCAUUUGAUGUCUUUGAUCUGGACAGUGUUGAUAAUGGCAUAAAUAAACAUCUAUUACCAGAAAUUAAAAAUGAAGGGUGGGAUUUAAUAAUUGCACACUAUUUGGGUGUUGAUCAUUGUGGUCAUAAAUAUGGUCCAUUGCAUUCUGAAAUGUCCAGAAAAUUAAAAGAAAUGAAUGAAGUGAUCAGUGAUAUUGCAAAAGAAAUGGAUGACAAUACAGUAUUAUUCGUAAUUGGUGAUCAUGGAAUGACCCUUACAGGAGAUCAUGGCGGUGACAGUGAAGCUGAAGUAAAAUCGGCUUUGUUUGCUUAUACUAAAACAGAAUUUAUUCCUUCUGAAUUAGUACAUGGAAAAAAUUCAGUUAAACAAAUUGAUAUUGUUCCCACAAUAUCUGCUAUUCUUGGAAUUCCUGUACCAUUUUCCAAUCUGGGAAGCAUUAUUUUAGAUGCACUUCCUACAGUUACUGAUAGUUUACCCUAUGAAAAUUGGCAAUACUCACUGUUGUUAUUGUGGUCCAACGUAAAACAAGUAACAGACUAUAUAUUGAAUUACUCGGAUGGUUCUAAUCAAUUUCAUGAUGAUAAAAUUUCUGUCAUUCGACAAAAGUUUGAAAUUCUCAGUCACAGAGUUCUAAGUAUAAGCAAUGAAAUGGCAUUCAAGUCCUUUGCAAAAGAUGCUCAAAAUUAUAUUAGUUUAGUAAGGCAAAUGUGUGAAGAUGUUUGGGUUCAAUUUGAUUCACAGUUAAUGUCUCGUGGUCUUUGUUUGUUGAUAUUUUUAAUUUUUGCGAUUCAUAUAAUUUUUAAUGGUUUAGAAAUCUCACGUAUAUCUGAAAUUAUGGACAGUUCAUUUGUUGUUAAUGCAUACUCAUUUAUGUUGAUAACAACUUGUGUUUGUUACAUUAUUUCAUUUUUAUUCAAUGAUAUAAAUUUAGUUUUGACAAUAUUUCUUACUACUAGUGUUAUAUCAUAUGUUCUGUUUGCUAUUCUUAUUGUUCAAAAUUGGGAGGCUAUAGCAUUAAAUUUUCAUGAAGGUGCGAAAGAAUACACAUUUGCUACGCGAACGGUACGAUAUUUAUUAUUUUUGUCUAUAUGCGUCUUAUUUUCAAAUAGCUACGUUGUCGAAGAAGGACAAAUUUUAUCAUUUUUAUUAAUAACUAUUGUACUCAUCGCAAUUUACGAUGCUUGCUCUCAUAUGAAACCAGAAAAAUUAACAUUUAAUUCUAUCAGAAUGAAAUUGUUGAUACUUGGGGUUGUGUUGACGGUUUUGAUUCGUUUGUCUCAUUUCUACUUUCGGUGCAGACCUGAACAAAUGAAUUGUUCAGUAUUGGAUAUAAAAAUACUGUCUAUAGACAAAACAACUUGUAUAGUAGCUUUAAUAUCGAUGGCUCUUCUGACAACACUGACUAGAAUUUGGUUGCAACAUUGCGGAAAUUUGGUUGGUUUUAGUCCGAGUGUAUUAAUUUCGAGGUAUUGUCCUACAAUAUUAGUUGUAUUUAUUGGUGGUUUUUGGGUGUUGAAACAAAUGCCACAAAACACUAAAACUAUCCAUUUUCAAGUAGAUAUGCUGCCUCUCUCGAUUUAUGCUGUAUCAGCAAUAGCUUUGAUUCUGUACUGGGUAAGACCGUUAUGUGUUUAUCUAUUACCGAAAUCCAAACCCGCGGCUCCUUCGAUAUACGGACGGAAUAAUAUAAUACCACAGUUAUUCAAUCAUUUAAAAGUUUCUUAUCAGAAAAGUCGAACUGAUCCUAAUGAAGACGUGCCUAUAGUUUGUGGUUUAGGAACUGUUUAUAGUUCAGUUUUUAUCAAUGUCGGUUUGUUGGCCAGUUUACCUUUGGCACUGCUGCAUGGCGUAGUAUUGUCUCCAUCACUGUUAUUGCUGUUUGCCAUCUGCUUAGUCUUGGCAAGCAUUCUUGGUGUUAUGCGAUAUGAAACUGCAAAAAAUCUAGCUGAUCUCUUCAAAGUGCCUUCUGUAUCGAUAUUUGCUUGGAUGCUUUUAUCCAUGUAUUUCUUUUAUGGAACUGGACAACAGCCUGCAUUUCCUACUCUUCAAUGGGAGGCAGCCUUUGUUGGAAUGAAUGAAGGAUAUUUUUCAACACAAAAUAUUUAUGUACGCGGCUUGUUGGUUAUUUUGAAUACAUUCAGCUCGCAAAUAAUCGUCAGUUUCAUGCUGCCUCUGAUUUUAAUCGCUCCGUUCACGCUGUAUGCUAUUUUUCCUAGCUUAGGAGGCAACUCUAGAGAAAAGGAUUUAAAUCGUGGGGAACUCAAUUUAUACGAAAUGAAUGAUAAUUUUAUUGACGGCAUGUUUGUGGCUACCAGCAAAUAUAUUUUAUUCCAAGGAGUUCGUAUGUUUGCUAGUAUGUUAGCGGCUACGAUACUCUGCCGACAUUUGAUGGUGUGGAAGAUCUUUGCUCCAAAAUUUUUAUUCGAUGGAUUCAGCGUUUUGAUAACACUCGUUUUUACAGUUUUCAGUUUCAUUUUCUUACUUCGUAUAAAUUUGCAAGUCGGAAACCUUGUCAAUAAAAUAACGAAGGAAAGCUGAUAUUACUAAAAGACUAAUUAAGAAUUCACAAGUGAGCCAAUUUUAUAUUGAUUAGCAAAAUUUUAUAAGGUUAGUGCACCAUCAGCUUCAUUAAUAUAAUUCGAAACGUUAUUUCAUAAUUUUUACCUCAACACAUUCUGCUAUCGAUCAAACUAUCUAAU